AUGAUGGCGCCUUCUACACCCACGCGUGCCAAGGGGUCUGCAGCCGCCCUCACCCGUGGUCUGGGCAUGCUAUCGCUGGAUGCGUCAUCACCCCUGUCCAAUGUAUCGACCAAUGUGCGCUCCCCGGUGCGAAUGAACCCCAUGAUGAAAGGCACGAUGCCACCAGCGGUCUCGCGUCGUGAAAAAGAAGAUCGCCUGCCCGUGCAGUCGAUGGACAUGCCGGAUGCACGAGGCGUCGUUGUUAUGAAGGACUGGGACGGUCCGGAUGGCGGCGUGAAUAGUGCCCUGAUGACGCGUCGCCGCAGUGCGACUAUGGUGUCGCGCGGCGAUCGCUACAUUCCCAAUCGCGAGCUUGUGCGCCGCAGUGUGAACAAGCCUUUUUUGGACGACAGUGGCGGCGAUACACUGUCGCGCCCGAGCAGCUCGGACGAGGCGUUUACCUCGGAGGCCUCGGAUAGUCCCCCGGCGUUGGAGGGCGCCUGCCAAGUCGACCUGGGUCAUCGGAUUUUGUCUUUUUCUGCCGCACCGCCGACGUCAAGUAGUGCGGCAAGCACGGCCCACGCGCGGCGCUACGCCAACAAGCCCAAAAGCACACUGCCCAGCAGUCUCUUAGCCGCGGGACGUCGUCGGAUCCCGACGGCGCCGGAACGUGUGCUCGAUGCGCCAGCGAUUGUGCCUGACUUUUAUGUGAAUUUGCUCGACUGGUCGAGCCAGAAUGUGAUUGCGAUUGCGCUGCAGUCGGCCGUGCACACGUGGAAUAGUGAAACAGGGGAAGCUCAGUUCCUGCUGGACCUGGAAGAGGAGAGCGAACGCGUGGGCGGCGGCGGCGGUGGCCUCGUGACGAGUCUGCGUUGGGACGCGCACGGCAACAUUCUCGCGGUGGGCACCGACCGUGGCUAUACCCAGAUUUGGGACGUGGCGCGUGGUGCGCGACUGCGCACGCUGCGGCCCAGCUACGAAGGAGGCGCCGAUGCAUCGGCGAUCAAUGCAGCUGCGUGGGCCAUGGACGGCACGCUGAGUGUCGGCUAUGCCAGUGGCUUGAUUCGAGAGCAUGAUGUGCGGCAGCGCACGUCAGAGACGCGCUCGCUGGAGCAUGCACACACGGCCCAGGUGUGUGGGCUGAACUGGCGCGGUGACAGUGCGCUGCUGGCGAGCGGAGGCAAUGACAAUGUCGUCAAAGUAUGGGACCGACGUACCCAUGUGGCCAAGAUGCGCAAAGAGAACCACCGCGCAGCAGUCAAGGCGCUCGCGUGGUCGCCGCACAACAGCAGCUUGCUUGCGACGGGCGGCGGCAGUGCAGACCGCUGCAUCCACUUUUGGAAUACGACGCAAAACACGCGCGUUCAGACCAUCCAGACGGGGGCGCAAGUGACGUCAUUGCAGUGGGCGCCCCACUAUCGCGAGCUCGUCUCAGCCCAUGGCGUCGGCACGUCCGAGUCGGAUGCGGGGGCGCUGUGUGUUUGGGCGCAUCCCUCCGGUCAGAAGAUGGCCGAGGUGCCUGAUGCGCAUGACGGCCGUGUCCUGCACACGACGCUGAGUCCGGAUGGACAGACACUAGCGACCGUCGGCAGUGACGAGAGUCUCAAGUUCUGGCGCCUAUUCGAGCAGGCGCCUGAGCUGCACAAGGCACAGCAGCAGCGUGCUGGACUGCAUGCCGGCUCGUACAAAGGUUUCGCACGCACGGCGCCGACCCGCGCACUGCGUUAG